AUGGCCAUUCCAUUUAUGAUUAUAGCAAUCAAAGGAAAAGAAUAUUUCCAAUUUGGUGUAUUUGAAAAUGAGUCAAAAAUUGUGAGUGCUUAUUUGUCGCUUAUUUCUGUAUUACCAAUAUUUUGUGGGUGUUUCUUGAUCACAGGAAUUAUUGUGACUAUUAUACAUUUUGUUUUCAGACCAAAAGAAGAAACCGUCUUUUACCUUUUAACUUCAUUUUCUGUUAUAAUUGUUGCCAUUCCAAUUAUAAGUGGUGUUGUACUUCUUGCUGGAUAUUUUGGAUAUGUCAAAGAAUACAAUUGGAACGUCGAGAAUGUGGAAAUGGAAGACUUCUAUGUUUGUCAUAAUUACUAUGGAGUUAUUGAUAACAACCAAAGACCAUCAGACGACUGUUAUAACGUAGUAUUAAAAGCAGCAAAAGGUUACAAGAAGAAUAGUGCUAUUAUUUGCUUUGUUUUUGGUGUUCUCUACUUUGCUUGGUAUUUGUUAAUGUACCCAAUUUUCCUCAAAUUCAUUAAACCUAAUACCCACUUGUUUUACAGAGAAAACGUUCAAAAACCAGCUCAAGAACAAGCCAAUGAGGCCGCUCCUUUCUUUGGACAAUAA